AUGGCGCAGCCACUCGAUCCCCCGCCCGGCAAGCUCGCGGUCCGGAUGGGCGACGACAAAGGCGCCGUCGAGAGGAGCUCCGUGCCCCUGAGCGUCGACUGGCUCAACAACGCCACGGCCAGGAUGCCGGGCGUCGUCGAAAACAUCGACAGCCUCGUCGAGGCGGCCGUCGCCCAGGACCCCGUGGCGUUCCGGCAGCCAGGGCUCAAGGUCGUCGCCGCGCCCUGGGCGUAUGCCUUUAUCAAAAAGGUCAGCCGCAUCACACAGGGCACCGGCCGCCAGUACGACGCCUCGGACGCUGUCGCGUAUCUGCACCAGUUCAUCGCCACAAGCAACCGAGGCCGCCCCGUGAAGCUGCCCACGGUCCAAGGCUGGGGCCAGAGGUACAAGGCUCUCUCUCUGUCCGGUGGAGAUGCUUCAGCAAAUCAACGACCUGUAUCACCGGACCUACGGGACCGACGGCAUUCUGCUAGCAAGCCGUGGUAG